AUGGCUUCACAAACGCAACUUAGCGACCUGGAAAAAUCUAGCGCAACUCCUACUCAGUUGGGGCCUAAUUUUGGUACAGAAAAAGUCAACUAUGAAGUGGUGCUGGAAGCGAGCGACCCGGAGAACGUGGAAAAGCAAAUGCCACUGCUACGCAAGUGGUUCGUAGCCAUGUUGGUGACGUUCACGUCAGCAGACAUCACGAUGACCUCCAGCUGCUGGUCAUUGGCGCAAGAUGAUAUCCGGCGCAGAUUCGGCAUCUCGGAAGAGGUGUCGAUCCUCGGGUUGUCACUAUACCUUUGGGGAAUGGGCACUGGCCCGCUACUGUUGAGCCCGCUAAGCGAGCUCUACGGCAGGAAACCUACAUUCGUAUGGUCUCUAGCGCUCAGCACCUGCUUUUUGUUUCUCACAACCUGGGGCACGAAUAUUACUGCGCUCCUCAUUGGCCGCUAUCUGUCCGGGUUUUUUGGCAGCUCUUUCCUAAGUGUUGCUGGAGGUGUCAUCAGCGACAUGUUUUCUAAGGAACAGAUUGGUGUUCCGAUGACCAUCUACACAACGGCUACAUUUUUAGGCCCAGCAUUGGGACCUUUGAUCAGUGGAGCGCUUUCGGGCGUCUCGUACCGCUGGACUUUCAUCGUAAUGAUCAUUGAGUCCGUAAUAUUUUUAGGGCUACUCACGGUAGCUUUCCAGGAAACGUACCAACCUGUUUUGCUUCUGAGAAAAGCUGAACGAUUGCGGCGUGAAACCGGUGACGAUCGUUACUAUGCGCCGCUCGAAGUUGAACGUCGCGAAAUUUCAUUCAGGAAUGCCAUUACAAUAUCCGCUGGCCGGCCUUUUGGCUUGCUCACGCGAGAUCCAAUGAUGGGUGUCCUGUGUUUCUACACUGGACUGGUUCUCGCAAUUAUCUACAUGUUUUUCCUUGCAUUUCCUUUAGUCUUUACGACUUUGUACAAUUUCACCAAAGUUGAAGUUGGAGUCUCAUAUAUGGGCCUCCUAGUUGGCAUCUUUAUGGCGGCUCCGACGAGUUUAUGGUUUCAAAAAAGAUACCAACAACGCGUGAGCAGAAAUAACGGUGUAAGUGUGCCAGAAUUCAGAUUCGAGCCAUUGUUUUAUGGUGCUUUCCUCAGUCCCAUGGGACUGAUGAUCUUUGCAUGGACUAGUUACAGCCACGUCCACUGGAUCGCACCAAUAAUAGGGACGGGAGUUUUCGGCGCUGGUGUUUUCUUCGUGUUUGCGGGUGUUUUCGGCUACACCGUUGAUGCGUUCCGCCUGUAUACGGCGUCAGCAAUGGCUUGUAAUUCGUUUGUACGAUCUGUGAUGGGCGGAGUUUUCCCACUUUUCACAUUGCAGAUGUACCGUGGCAUGGGCAUUAACUGGGCAAGUUUUCUGCUUGCAAUGGUCGCUAUGCUCAUGAUUCCCGUGCCUUUUCUGUUCACUCGAUAUGGGGCUUCUUUGAGAUCCAAGAGUCCUUACGCAUGGGACUAG